AAGCCAGCGAGAGAGUCUCGCUUCAAGCUGUGUAGAGACAUGUUGGCGGGCGGGAUGUGAAAUGUGCGGUCGUCCUUGCCGCUCGAGUCCCGAACACUUCAGUUUCUCCGCGGUCUCAUGUUGCGUGGAGCUCGCGGGGAGAGAGAGAGGGAGAGACAGCAGGAGACGCCGAAGGAACAACGAAAGAAAGGAAGGAAGUGGGGACAGGGGAGCAUUUUUACACCAAAUCGGGACACAUGUUGAGCUAACGUCGCGCUCCUCCCCCCCCCCCUUUCUCUCCCAAACACAUUUGUUACCUCCCGGGUCCUCGCGUUUGGAUCAAGCCAGCGGAUCUUCAGCCCACCGCUGCAGGGAGGGAAAGGACCAUGGAUCUCAGUAAAAUUGCAGUCAGCAUCAACAAGGCCAUCAACACACAGGAGGUUGCUGUCAAAGAGAAGCAUGCCAGGACCUGCAUUUUGGGGACUCAUCAUGAGAAAGGUGCCCACACAUUCUGGGCAGCGGUCAACCGGCUUCCUCUCUCUGGCAACGCAGUCCUUUGCUGGAAGUUCUGCCACGUCUUCCACAAAUUAUUACGAGAUGGCCAUUCAAACGUGAUCAAGGACUCUAUGAGGAAUAAGGCUGAUUUGACGGAUAUGAGCAGGAUGUGGGGUCACCUAAGUGAAGGCUACGGGAAGCUCUGCAGCAUCUACCUCAAACUGAUCAUCACCAAAAUGGAGUUUCACAUCAAAAACCCUCGCUUCCCCGGCAACCUGCAGAUGUCGAACAGACAACUUGAAGAGGCAGGAGAGAAUGACGUCAACAACUUCUUUCAAUUAACUGUGGAGAUGUUUGAUUACCUGGAGUGUCAACUCAACCUCUUCCUUGGCGUAUUCAGCUCGCUGGAUAUGUCUCGGUCAGUGUCAGUGACUGCUGCAGGCCAAUGUCGUCUGGCUCCGCUCAUACAAGUCAUUUUGGACUGCAGCCACCUGUACGACUACACAGUCAAGUUGCUAUUUAAGCUGCACUCAUGCCUUCCAGCAGACACUCUCCAAGGCCACCGAGAUCGCUUCCAGGAACAGUUUAAAAAGUUGAAGAGUCUGUUUUAUCGCUCCAGUAACUUGCAGUACUUCAAGCGGUUGAUUCAGAUCCCACAGUUGCCUGAGAAUCCUCCAAACUUCCUGCGUGCAUCUGCUCUGUCGGAGCACAUCAGCCCUGUGGUCGUGAUACCGGCCGAGUCGUCUUCCCCAGAGUCAGAACACAUGGUGGAAACUGACGACCUGGUGGACACAGACCUCCCCGUCCUUGCGGCUCCGGUGGAGACCAAAUUUGAUGACAUGUUUGGCACCUCGGCUGCAAUUGACCCCUUCAACUUCAACAAUCAGAAUGGCAUGCGCAAGGACGAUAAAGACCGACUGAUUGAACAGCUGACAAGGGAGAUCCAGGCCCUUAAGGAUGAGUUGGAAUCAUUCCGACUGGAGAAUGGACGAUUAUGUCAGACCUUGAGGGGCCGUGUCAAUGAACUGGAGGCAGAGCUAGCGGAGCAGAGCCACCUGAGGCUACAGGCAGCAGGAGAGAGUGAGUUCCUGAAGGCUGAGCUUGACGACCUGAGGAAGGUCAGAGAGGACACGGUGAAAGAGCAGCGAAGUCUGACGGAGAUAGAGAAAAAAGCUCAGGCCAACGAACAGCGCUAUACUAAGCUGAAGGAGAAGUACAGCGAGCUGGUACAAGGCCAUGCUGAAUUGCUGAGGAAGAAUGCAGAGGUGACCCGGCAGGUGACGGUAGCUCGGGCAGCUCAGGAUGAAAUUGAUGCAGUGAGGAAAGAAAUGCAGGACAAGGUGAAGGCUGCCCAAGAUUGUGCUGACAGACAGGAACGAGCGCAGCGGGAGCACAUGGAAGAAUUGCAGAGAGAGCUGGUGUCCAGCAGGGCUGAGCUGGAUUCCCUUAAGACCACGAUGGCCUCUUCUCAACAGUCCAAUGAGACACUCGGCACUCAACUAGCUGCCAUGGAAUCUCACAAAGCGGAACUCGUUGAGUCCUUGUCCAAAGUGGAAGCCGAGCUGGCCGUUCAAGGGGAGGAGCUUGAGCGUGUCCGGAGUUCGUUGGCCAGUGAGAGGGAGUGUGGUGUGAAGACAGCCGAAGCCCUGCAAAAUCAGCUCAAUGACAAGGAGAGCAGGGAGCAGGCAUUAGAGAUCCAGCUCGUAGCGGCCCGCUGGUCCAGUCUGCAGGGAGCUGUUGAAGAGGCAGAAAAGAUCAUCCAAGAUUCACUGGCCCAGAUCGAUGACCCAGCCCACGUCACUUGCACUAGCUCAGCAGACUACCUGGCAUCCAGAUGUCAAGCGUCCUUAGACUGUGUGGUGCAGCUCCAUCCUGCCAGAGACGCCUUUCUAGCUGAUGACACAGGUGUGUCUCAGUUGCUUAAAGUGGUGACCCAAUGCGGCCACCUUGUGGGUGACACCAUUGUUCAGGGCAGUGCAACCUCUCACAUGGUGCCUGUAGAGCAGGCCGAUGUGCUUUUAGAAAGCGUGAAGGCAUGUGGCACUGAGGCCCUGCUUUUGCUGGGCCACAUGAAGACGAAAGAAGACAUAACAACAGCAGAUAACUGCAAGCUGAAGGAGGCUCUCCAGGCCAUAAUGGCCUCCGCCGAGAAACUGCGUCCUCAGCGUCUGGAGCUGCAGCAAGGCGAGCUGGGAGAUCUCGUGGAGCAGGAAAUGGCGGCCACAUCUGCAGCUGUGGAAUCAGCUGCUGCAAGAAUAGAGGAAAUGCUCAACAAGUCUCGAGCAGUUGAUACAGGCAUCAAGAUGGAGGUCAAUGAGAGGAUCUUAGCUUCGUGCACGGAUCUGAUGGCGGCCAUCAAGGCACUUGUUCUGUCAUCCAAAGAUCUGCAAAAGGAUAUUGUUGAGAGUGGCAGGGGUGCAGCAUCCACUAAGGAAUUUUAUGCCAAGAAUUCCCGUUGGACGGAGGGCUUGAUUUCUGCUUCGAAGGCGGUUGGAUGGGGCGCCACUGUCAUGGUGGAUGCGGCUGAUCUUGUGGUGCAGGGCAAAGGGAAGUUUGAGGAAUUGAUGGUGUGUUCCCGUGAAAUUGCGGCCAGCACGGCGCAACUUGUUGCUGCUUCAAAAGUUAAAGCGGACAAAGACAGUGCCAACUUGCACCGACUACAGCAGGCAUCCCGAGGCGUCACGCAGGCUACUGCCACCGUUGUGGCCUCCACCAAGUCUGGAAAGUCCCAAAUUGAAGACAAAGAUACAAUGGACUUCUCCAGCAUGACGCUCACACAGAUCAAGCGACAAGAGAUGGACGCCCAGGUUCUGGUGUUGGAGCUGGAGGCGCGUCUGCAGAAGGAGCGCGAGCGUCUCGGGGAGCUGAGGAAGAAACACUACGAGCUGGCGGGGGUAGCAGAGGGCUGGGGGGCCGACGAGGAGGGCUCAGGUUGACCGCACGCAUCUCUGUCAUGGCCUUUGCCUGGAAAAAAAAUAGUAUUUAUACACCCUUCUCCAUCUCUGUCUCGCUAGUUUUUCUGCCCUCUUUGUUUGUUGUUCAAGCCAAAUGAAACGGUGCUUAAUCUCACACCCAUGUCUGGAGUCUUCUACGGAGACGGCGGGCACCAAGGGCUCAGCCACGAGGAAUGAGGCUCGGAUGGAAGGACGACCCGACUUCAUAACGUCAUGCCUACUGCUCAAAGAGUGUGUGCGUGUGCAUGUGUGUGUGUGUGUGUCUUUGGGGGGGGUAUAGAGCAAUUUAUCGGUUAUUUAUUACCUGUGCUCCUUGCUUCACAUUUGUAACAAACACACCCACCUGAAAAGGUCGCAUCCAAGACAUGAUGAGCACAAGUUCCACAUCUCGAAACAGCAAGGAUGAGAUCGGAGCUCACAAAUCACAUCAGUGGAACAAAGAGGACUCUCAUAAUGGAGUUUGCUAACCAGCCGGAGGAGCCAUUUGGUCAGUUUGACAGUUGUCACUCCUUGUUAAGUCCAUAGCGCUUCACUGGACUGUCUGCCUUUCUUUCACCUUUGGAGCAAACCCGACUGUUAAAUCAUGCUGAUGAACCUCAAUCUCAUUUUGUUUGAAUAGUCACUUCCAUAGAAAACUGUUCCAAACUGGCAAGGAGGAGGGCCUCACAUCACUGACUCUAAACUAUCACAAGUCAGAAGUAGCAGCACGCCAAAAAAAACGCGAUUAAUGAACAUUUUACAGUACUAGUUAUAGUAACUGCUAGGAGAAGGGGAUUUUUUUUUCCCUGCCACCUUUUCUGUCUAGCGAUUCUGCAUAGAUUCAUUCCGUAAACAAGUGCAUGUUUGUUUUGAUAAAGCUGCCUCUUAUGACAGAUUUUUGUUUUGCCAAACUCAAGCGGCAACAACACAUAGUAGCGUUGGAGAUCAAAGUCCAGAAAUUUUAUAUCUGUUUUUAAAAUCGGAACAUCAUACAACUACAGUACACACUUCUUGCUACCUGUUGCUCUUUAAAUACAUUUUAGGAUGUGUACUUCCUGCGAGGAUACUACACUGCAGCGUGUGUCCUUAGCUUUCCGCAGACCACGAAUCUGUGUAAAAGUGUCAACUUUCUCUUUCAUAAGAGCUCACUCACUUUCAGCCGCAUCAAUAUUUGUCUGUCAUUGAGUCGGCCGUCAUUUCAUUUAAAUAGAGGAAUGCAAAGCGGUGCAGGCCUAAACCAAUCGACGUCAUUUGGGGGGGGGGGGUGUUAUUCAAGAGAAGCUCGUGACCGUGUUGUCGUGGUGAAAUGGGUGAUCUUUGUUCGUUUUCAAACCUAAUUUGAGCAUGAAAGGUUGUGGAUUAGAUAAUUCUUUUACAUCUGCAUGGAGCAGAUGAUGUAGUUUUUAGUAAAAGUCACUGUUGAAUAAGGCAAGGCCAGUUAAGGAUUAGGCAAAUGUUAACGGCAGUGCUGUUGCUCCUUGUGUUCAAUACUGUACUUGUUUAGGUGUGGUCAUCUGUCACGUCACACCACAUACUUGUUUUAGAGGGAAAAUUUUCAUGAAGGGGGAUGAAUGGAGACGAUUCAUCUGUCUUUGGAGGUGAGCGGAAACACACUUUGAAUAAUAAACGCUUGUAUUUUUGUCCAAACGGUCUUAUUAACCUGUCUCGGGUCCGACGUCGUACCAGCUCAACCAGCCUUUCAAACUGCCUCACAUUGUAGUUAAAGAAACUACUCACUCACCUAGCGACAUUGACAUGUGUCUUUGUAUCGUGUACUAAAACUAUGUUGGUGGGUUUCUUUUUAUUUUUUCAGUUUUUAAAAAUAAAUAUUUCAACUUGUUAAUACAA